CGCUACCAGUUACACUCAUACUCAGCUACUCAUAAAUUAUCUCUCAUCAUGUCUGCCGACCAGAAGAAAGCCGUUAAGAAGCCCCGUGCCAAGCCAGCACACCCCAGCUCUGCUGACAUGGUUGUUGCUGCCAUUACCAACCUGAAGGAGCGUAAUGGUUCCUCGGCUCAAGCCAUCAGAAAGUACAUCGAGAAGACCUACAACGUUGACAUGAAGAAGCAAGGCCCCUUCAUCAAGCGUGCCCUGAAGUCUGGUGUUGAGAAGGGAACCCUCACCCAGGUCAAAGGAAAGGGAGCCAGCGGAUCCUUCAAGCUUGGCAAGAAGAAGGAAGGCAAGACCGAGGCCCAAAAGGCCCGUGCUGCCGCCAAGAAGGCCAAACUUGUUGCCAAGAAGAAGGAACAGAAGGAGAAGAAGGCUGCCAAGGCUAAGGCCAAGAAGGAAAAGCUAGCCGCCAAGAAAGCAGCAAAGAAGGCCACGAAGAAGACAAAGAAGCCAGCUGCCAAGAAGGCAAAGAAGCCAGCCGCCAAGAAGGCAAAGAAACCAGCAGCAAAGAAGCCUGCUGCCAAGAAGACUAAGCCCGCCAAGAAGGCCGCAAAGAAGCCAGCUGCCAAGAAGCCACCAGCAAAGAAGGCAGCCAAGAAGCCAGCAGCUAAGAAGGCAGCCAAGCCCAAGAAGUAAACUUGCUUCUUAUUUAAUAGCUGUAGAUACAGCUACGUUUUCUUCAAACCAACGGCUCUUAUCAGAGCCAC